AUGACGGAGGACAGAAUGACGGAAGAUAGUAGAACGGCGGAAGAUAGUAGAACGGUGGAAGACGGGUCUAAUGGGGAAGACGUACCGUUGGAGCUGUUGCGAACGGCUCACAUCCUGGUGGCCGGAGUAGGUGGGAUCGGAAACUACGUGGCCAAGGCUUUAUUGGGGUCUGGAUUUUGUCAAGUGGAUUUGAUUGAUAUGGACAUAGCGGAUAACAGCAAUUUGAAUCGUCAAAUUUUGUUCCGUCAGGAGGAUGUGGGUCGUCCUAAGGCGGAAGUAGCUCGAGAACGGUUAGGUCAUGCGUACCCUGAUGCGUUGAUAACUGCACAUCAUUGCCGACUUCAAGAUAAACCUUUGAAUUUUUACUCUCAGUUUGAUUGUAUAUUGAGUGGAUUGGAUAAUGUUGAGUCACGGCGAUGGCUUAACUCGGUCAUCUAUCGUUUGUAUAAAAAUGAGAAUAUUAAUAUUCCAUUAAUUGAUGGCGGUACCGACUCACUUAUGGGACAUUGCAGAGUCAUACUCCCCUUGACAGAUACCUCAGCCUGCUUUGAAUGUACCGUCAACAACUUCCUGGACGAUCCAGACGCUAAAGUGCCACUCUGCUCCAUAGCACAAAAACCUAGGUCCAACAAACACUGCGUUCAUUUUGCCGCAUUAAUACAGUGGCCAGAAGAAUUCCCAAGCAACGAACUUGAUUUGGACAAUGACGAUCAUCUAGACUGGUUGAAUGAUAACACGCUACUACUGUGCCAAAAAUACAACUUUCCCCCUCUCACCAAAUCCGAACAGAAAGAUGUACUUAAACGAACUGUGCCAGCGAUUGCAUCAACCAAUCAACUUAUCGGACAUCUCGUGGUCUCCAAGGCCAUCGCAAUACUCACUGGGGCAAUCAAGACCAGCUAUUACCACUACAACUACGAUGGUUCACUCUAUCCCUGCCUAACAGGAUUGCAGCUGUAUAGAAAUCCCAACUGUACUAUAUGCCAAUAA